AUGCCGGGCGGUGACGACGAAACGCUUGGUGCUGAAAAAGGAAAGUUAGAGAUGUUCGAUGGCACACAGCCAUCGGGCUACCGGAAAUGGAAGAGAAGAGCUCAGUUGAUGCUGGCCAGCCUACCUUCCACUAUCAGCGAAAAGAAGUAUGGCCCAAAGCUGAUGAGUUUCAUAGGUGGUGAAGCAGAAUCCUUGUUGGAACACAUUGACAUAGGGAAGAUCUGCAGCGAGGGAGGAGACAAAUUGAUCUGGGAAGCUCUGGACGAGAAGUACGGGCCCCAACAAAUUGAUCUCUUGCAAGACUCUCUCAAAGGAUUUUUCUACGAGUUGUCUGUGAAGCAAGGAGAAAGUUUUCGUCAGUUCGCAGCACGAUUUGCAGCAGCACGCCGCAAGCUUGAAGAACAAGAUGUCAAGCUACCGAAGGUAGUGCUGGGGUUCAUGCUGAUGAAGAAACUGCGAUUAGAUCCUCACGAGGAGUCUAUGCUGCUUACAACCACGGGUGGCAAUCUGGAACUUGAGAGAGUGGAGAAGGCGGUUCAGGCAGUUUUUCCGGAAGGAAAAGGACAUGCAACAAAAGGGAGCACCAAGGAAGUGUUCCAAGCAGACGCACCAAGUGAGAAUGACAAUCAUGAUGAAGAAGAAUUACAACAAGCCAUGGAACUGAUGGCUGAAGAGAUUCAGUCAAGAUCAGAAUGGGAUGAAGAGGAUAUCCUGGAAGCCUUCGAAAGUUACAGCGAGAUUCGAAAGAAAAUUGCUGAACAAAAGAAAGGUCGUGGAUUUUAUCCCAAACCAGCCAUGGACAAGACCAGCAAGCAAGAAGGGUGGAACUUCUCUGGGUCCAUCAAAGGACGCAUCGAACAGCUCAAAAGCAGAACGCGAUGCCACAGAUGCAAGAAAUUUGGGCAUUGGAAAAAGGAAUGUCCAUUGCUCGUCUCUGCGCAGGCAUCAUCAUCAGGAAGUACAGGCAAGGAAGUCAUGAUCAUCGAGAAUGGUGAUGAUCCAGCUGUGAAGCAAAUCUGGGAAUCCUUCAUCACUGAGGAUUAUGCCAAGACCAAUCAGUGGGGGGAAGAUUUGCCCAACGAUGUGAGGAACCAGGGGAACGCAGACAGCCAUUCCACCGGAAACCGGCAGCGCUCAGAUGAGCCAUCGGUGGUGUGUCACGUCGAGAGGAGGUGGCAGCCAUGUGAAGUUUUUCAGGGAGAAGUCCUACUGAGUGACGGCUUAGAUUCUCAGCUUGCAAUUUGUGGAGUGCCGGACACAGCUUGUAGGAGGACCUUGGUUGGUAAAGAUACUUUAGCUAUGAUUGAAUCUGAAUUGAACAGGUUGAAGUAUCUAGAGCUGACUUGGUUCAAGAAGCCCCUACAAGCACCGAUCAAGAAAAUGAGUGGAUAUGUCAGUCCAGCGAUGUGCAGCGAGGGGAUCAGUUCCGAGGUACAGCGGAUGCUCCAGGAGAUGCAGAUGGAGGAGAAGGUCGCAACGAUCAAGAGCAUCGAUCAGCACCAGGACGAAGAGACGGACUUCAUGGGCAACCCUGUGAGCCAAAGCACCAUCAUGACCAUCGGCAAGUACAAAGGAAGAGCCUUUGCAGACAUCUAUCGCGAGGAGAAGGAUUACGUGAAGUGGGUGAGAACUCAUGUGAACAGCAAGGGCAGUCAAGACAUGAUGAAAAAGCUCAGGAUCUUCGUGGAAUUCACAGAUGCCAGCAAGAUUCGCCGUGUCAAACAGAACACCAAGGAGACCCAGGGUCCAAUUCCACCAGUCAAUCUGAGUCCAGCAGUUCGCGGCAAGGCAAAGACUCGUCCACUGGAACCUUCAGACGAGGACAUGGACUGGGAGACCAUUCCCGUGACAGAGAAGGGACAGCUCAUCGACAUGAAGUGGAACGAAAUGACUCAGAAGCUGUGGAAGAAGGAUCUUCUGGACAAACAGAACAUGGUAAUUCAGAUGGCCAAGAAUCCGAAGACCAUGAAGAUGAUGAUGGAAAUGUUUCAAAACUGA